AUCAGCCAUCAGUUCUCUUCGGUGCGUCGUGAUAGGAACAUCGUUGUUCGUUGUUCUGUUAUUUAUUUCCCAUAUCUAUCACAACUCUAUCAAUACAACAUUACUUCAUUUGGGAAUAAGUUUAUUGGUCGAACCAUAUUCUUCAACGUCAAAAUAUUAGUGUUAAAUGCGUGAAAGCGAAUUAUUGUCUUUAAAAUGAUUUUUUAUUAUUUAAUUGUGUUACUUUUUACUAUUUGUCAUAAACCUGUUAUGUCAUCUUGGGAAUUCGCAGUUACAACAAAAGGACUAAUUACGUUUUACGAUUCAAGCUGGAAUCAAACCACAACUGCCGCUCAUCAGUUUAACGGCUUAAAUGCCUUAACAUUCGAUGAAACUGAGGAGACUCUUUAUUUCACCACGCACAAUGGCAACAACGGCAGCAUAUUUUCUUUAAAAUUGUCCAACGAUGAUUAUACACAUCAGGUGGAGAAAAUAUUGCAUAAGACUGAUGGUGAGGUGAUCGAAGCAUUGGCUUUCGAUUUGUUCGAACGGGAUCUGUAUUGGACAGAUUCUAGAGAGAAAAUCAUUUACCAGGCAACUGUCGACAAAAUGGUUGAACCGAAAGUUUUGCUGAAAUUCACGAAUGAUAAGAUACCGAGAGGAAUUACAAUCGAUCCUUGUCGAAGGAAAAUUUAUUAUACAAAUUCGAAUCACACCAAUCCGUCGAUCGAAAGUGCUAUGAUGGAUGGUUCCAAUCAACAAGUUCUGAUUAGUAACAAGGGCGACGAUAAAAUUCUGUUUAUGCCCAUAGGAAUUACGGUUGAUCAGUUUUCUAAACGAAUUUACUGGGUGGACAAUUUGGAAGGAAAUCAUUUCGCUGUUGAAAGUGCUGCUCUAGAUGGAACCGAUAGAAGAACAUUAGUUAGAGAUGUAGAAAAUAAUCCGUAUGGUAUAACUGUUGAUAGAGACAAUGUUUACUGGACCGAUCAUACACAUCAAGCAGUUUGGAAAAUUGCUAAGAAUGCAACGGUCACCGAUCGGCCAGAAAUCGUCCAAAAUAUAUCCACAAUUCCGCUGGGCAUCAUAUCCAGAAGUCAUUUACUAUCUACACAGAGUAACAACCCGGAAUGUACAACUGUUUUGAGUAAAGUCAAAGAGGAAAUUCUAGCAGGAUCUUCAAGCGAAAAACCGUCGUCAACAACAACCACACCGAAGCCACAAGACUAUUGUUUAAAUAACGGUGAUCUGAACCCCAAAACAAAUUUGUGCAUAUGUCCGAAAGAGUUUAGCGGUGUACGAUGUGAAGUUCCUAUUUGUCAUAAUUAUUGUGUUCAAGGAGCUUGUUCCGUGACAUCGACUGGAUAUGCAAAGUGUAGUUGUGAUGAUGGCUUUACCGGCGAAAGAUGUGAGGUGAAUUUGUGUCAGGGAUUUUGCAUAAACGGCGGACGGUGCGCUAUUGAACAAGGUGGACCGGUCUGCCACUGUUCAUCAUCGUCAUUCAGCGGACGGCAUUGUGAGAUUAUGAAUACGGACAAAUUGUGCGAGGAAUUCUGUGAGAACGGGAAAGUCGAUGCAGGCGAUCACGAUUUGGCGAAAGUUUGUGGAGACUGCAACACUGCUCACAAUGCCACCAACAAUCAUCUGGUAGACGCAACUAGAAGCUCAUUCGAUGAUUCAAAUUACCAGUGCAACGAUUCACUAUACCGAACCAUAAUCAUUGCCUCUAUCGGUAUCACUGCCUCGUUAACACUAGUGUUUCUCAUCGUUAAGUCAAUGCGUCGCAUUUACCAGCCAUUGCGACCGAAAAUCAAGAAAACUUUUGUCGUUACAAAGAACGUUACACCACUAACGUGUCGUCCAACGACCGAACAAUGUGAAAUAACAAUAGAAGACUGUUGCAACAUGAAUAUUUGUGAUACGCCAUGUUUUGAUCCGAAAUCGAUACAACGGGAAUCGAGGAAGGAAGACAAAAAGAAUUUGUUGAGUAAUAUGGAUGGUGAAUUGUAUUAAAAUUAGUGUGAAUGUUCCAGGAUGAUGGAUUGGUUGUAAUCGUGUAUUCCCUUAUUGUUCGAAAGAUUUAUUUAAUUUUAUUCACGCAAUGUGUCUUAAAUGUAAAUCAGUUCUGGUGACCACCAUUAUAGUCACAAAAAGGCAUCUAGGCAUACGUAUAUACCUCUUUUAUCCAGAGUGUCAAUAAUUUUAUGUCCAAUUAUUUUCAGUUUAAGUUUCCAAAUAGCCCGGUGCUAUUCGUUUCGAAAUUUUGUAAGAAAAUAUUCCCCAAAAAAUUUAAUCGAGUGAAUGUGAUAGUGAAUCCGAAUAUCUGAAGAUACUUAAAAUAUUUUUAAAAAUUUCUAUAAAACCGAGGAUGAGUUUUUUGUACUGAGAAUUCAACAAUCCGUUUCGAAUGUGGAAACGGUUUUUAAUUUAAAAAAUUGUAAUUUAAUUUAAAGUUAAACCAACCAACCGAACCAAGACAAUUUUACCAAUAAUUUCGAUUAAGAGUGCUGUGGGCAACAAGUUUAAAAAAUUUUCCCUUUUUUUCGUUCUGAAAUUAUCUUUCGAUUAUUUUUUUUUAAAUGAAAAAUUUAGUUUCAUCUUAUGGCCACACAACCAAUACGUUUAUAACAUAAUAAUCUCCUAAUUUUUUUUUAUCAAUCUUUUGGCAAUUUAUUCAUUUUUACACUUAAUUGGCUCUUCGAAAUUUUAUUUAAAAAAAAAUCUGAACAAGAAAAAGAAACAGUCAUGUCGCACCACGGACACAUUCUAUAUAAUAUUAUUAGUUCCUGUAGUUAAUUUAAAUUUACUUGCUAGUUUUAGUUUUUAAAUAUUUUCUAUUUAUUACAAUUUUCCACGGAAAAAUAAAAUUAAAAACAAAUCAACAACCCAAAAUUUACAUGUGCGUAUCAUUUUGUACUUAUUGGUCAUGGAAAACGUUGAAGAAAUCUGCAAAACACACUGGCGUAUAACAAAAUUUCGUUGUAAUAAUUUAUUGUGAACAUUUUAUGAAAGUUUUCAUUUUAUCGAUCAUUUAUAUUGUGCUGUCAUGUCAUUUUAUAAUUUUCAUUUUCUUUUUCAAGUGUCCCAUAUUCACGUUACUCAUUCUUUUUUCUUACUUUCAUUUUGAUUUCCUCAUGUCGAUUGACAAAUUUUCAUUUUUAGCCAUCAAAAAUUUAUGGGAAACUUGGAAUUGUUAUUCGGCAACUUUUUUUUUCUUUCAUUUAGUUUAGACAUUGUUAAUUCAUUAUAGUGCAGCAAUAAGACAAGUAGAAGAAGAAGAAGAAAAAAAUGGAGGAGAGAAGAGAAAUUAGACCACUAGAAAUCAUUUUUUAAUUAUUAGAAUUUCUUCUUCUUUUUUUUGUAGAUAAAAAAGAAACUAGUGAUGUGUAUAGAUUGUUUUUCAUUGUUUAUUUUGAAUUCUAACGAAUUUAUUUUUAAAAUAUUUUUUAGUCAAGUUUAGAUUAUGCAAAGAAAAAAAGCCUAUGUAAAUAUCCACAUCAGAUAUGUGAUAUAAUCGUAAGCUGAAACGUAUUUUUUAUGAGAAUAAGAGAAUAAAUAAGAAUUUGUAAAAAAAA